AUCUUUCCCACAACAACUGACAUCUAGUCAUCAACUCUCCCUUCCAAGAACAACACGUCUACCACCUAGAGUUGUACAGUGCUCCUGUUUCCAGAGAGCACAGGUAUUUAACCACUUGGACGCUUUUCAUCUGCCACGAGAAGUUCCUUACAAGGAUCGCUUGGUGGCUCUUCCUCACUACUUGAACAAGACAACCCCUCAUUCACAUCGGACCACAGCACAGAGCUUGUGGUCGUUUCUAUUCUAAACCGCAAUCAUGGCUUCUAAUGACAAGGGUCUCGAGGAGAUCCCAGAUAACCAGAUCGAAUCCAACUACGAUGAGAUCACCGAUUCUUUCGAUGCUAUGAACCUUCGUGCCGAAUUGCUACGAGGUGUCUACGCUUAUGGUUUCGAGCGCCCGUCUGCUAUCCAGCAGCGCGCUAUCAUGCCAGUUAUCAAGGGUUCCGAUGUCAUUGCCCAGGCUCAAUCCGGAACCGGAAAGACUGCCACCUUCUCGAUCUCUGCUCUCCAGAAGGUCGACACAAACCUCAAGGCCUGCCAGGCUCUCAUUCUUGCUCCUACCCGUGAGCUUGCUCAGCAAAUCCAGAAGGUCGUCGUUGCCAUCGGCGAUUUCAUGAGUGUUGAGUGCCACGCCUGCAUUGGUGGUACCAAUGUCCGCGAAGAUAUAAAGGCCCUCAAUGACGGCCCCCAAGUUGUCGUCGGCACCCCCGGCCGUGUUCACGACAUGAUCCAGCGUCGUGUCCUCAAGACCGAUCAGAUGAAGAUGUUCGUCCUCGACGAGGCUGAUGAAAUGCUUUCUCGUGGAUUCACUGAGCAAAUCUACGACAUUUUCCAAUUUUUGCCUCAGUCCACCCAAGUCGUCCUGCUCUCUGCCACUAUGCCACAGGAUGUGUUGGAUGUAACCACCAAAUUCAUGCGUGACCCAGUCCGCAUCUUGGUCAAGAAGGCCGAACUUACCCUCGAAGGUAUCAAGCAGUUCUACAUUGCCGUCGAGAAGGAGGAAUGGAAACUCGACACUCUUUCCGAUCUCUAUGAGACCGUCACCAUCACUCAAGCUGUCAUCUUCUGCAACACCAGGAGAAAGGUCGACUGGUUGACCGACAAGCUCAUUGCUCGUGACUUCACCGUUUCUGCCAUGCACGGUGAGAUGGAGCAAAACCAGCGUGACGUCAUUAUGAAGGAGUUCCGCUCUGGUUCCUCCCGUGUUUUGAUCGCCACUGACUUGCUUGCCCGUGGUAUCGACGUUCAGCAAGUCUCCUUGGUUAUCAACUAUGAUCUCCCCGCUAACCGCGAGAACUACAUCCAUCGUAUUGGUCGUGGUGGUCGUUUCGGUCGUAAGGGUGUCGCUAUCAACUUCGUCACCGCUGAUGAUGUCCGUAUGAUGAGAGAAAUCGAGCAGUUCUACAGCACUCAAAUCGAAGAAAUGCCCAUGAACGUUGCCGAUCUCAUUUAAUUUGAUUAACUUCACUCUCUGUCGUGUCAUCGGUAUACCAAGGCUGUGGAGUUGGAAAGACUUUGUUCAAGCUCACGACACGAGACCCGUUUACGACUUAGGGUUUAAUAAUGGAUGAUAUUGGCAGUGCUUGUUUCUUUAAAAAGUUGUACCGCGGGUUUGUUUAUGGCAUGUAUUUCUUUCUGGGUGCAAUGGCAUGGAAGCUUAUGAGAUAUAUCCUGUACAUCUCUGUCGCUUCGAUGCCAAAUAUUCUCAGGUUUCUCUCAUAUUUGUAUGCACUUUCAGAGGGGCGUCAUUGUCCAAUUUAUUCCCUACAUUCCAGUGUCUCAAAUCUGCAUCUUCCACUUUUAUCUCUUGACUUCGUAAGUCUUCAUCGUUGCCUUGGGUUCUUUCUUAUUUCUUCACUUGGUUAAGCAUGCACACAGCAUACGUGAUCAGGGUGGGAAAAAAAAUAAAGGAUCAUAGGCACAUGCCAAAAUUGCCUGAUAUAUUUUUUUUCUUUUCCUUUUUCAUCUUUUCAUUUGCCCAGUUCCCAUGUUGUCUCACUGUUUUGUUCUGGUCAUGAAUGAUGACGGCACGGGAAAUGAGACGAGGUCCUCCAACCCACUUGCAUACACAAAUGAUGAGUGUGCCCUGGUUCUUCUUAUGGGUGGCGGCGAGGUCUUGUUUUUUUUAACCCUGUGCGCUUGCGAUUUUCCGAGUUUUUGAUAGAUAAGAGUUAAAAAUGCGACGCUGGUUUUUCUUUCACAUAUAA